AUGAGAGAGGAGGUGGGAAAGAUGAUAAAUAGGCAGAUGGAAGAAAGGGAAGAGAAGUGGAGGGAAGAGAGGGAGAAAAUAAGAAAAAGGAUGGAGGAACUAGAGGAAGGACUGAGAGGAAUGAAACUAAGGGAGGAAGAGAAAGGGAAAAUGAAAGAGAUGGAAAAGUGGAGGGAAAUGAAGGAAAGGGAGGAGAGAAGGAGGAAUAUGGUGAUAAGAGGAGUGAAAGGAGGGGAGAAAGGUGUAAAGAAGAGAAUAAGGGAAAUAAUAAGAGAAUAAGGGGUGGAAGGGAAAGUAGAGGAAGUGAGAAAUAUAGGAGGGAGGAAAGAGGGGGAGAAGGGGAUGACGAUAAUAACGGUAAGUAAAAUACAGGAGAAGAUAGAAAUAAUGAAAAAGAGGAGAGAAGUAAAGGAUAAAGAAGUAAGGAUAGAAAAUGAUUUAACUUGAAAGGAGCGAAGAAUGAGGUGGGAGCUAGAGGACAUAGCGAGGAGAGAAAGAGAGGAAGAAGAGGAAGAAAGUAUGGGUGGGAUAUGGGAAGAUACACAUAGAGGGAAAAUGGUGGAGAUGGGAUGAACAAGAGGAGAAAUUAAAGGAUGGAGAGGGAAGAAUAUGGAUAGAAAGGAGAGAAGGACAGGAGAUGAUGGGAAGGGAAGAAAGGUAAAGAGAGGGAGAAGGGAAAGGGAAGCACCGGGGGGAAGAUGGAAAAUAGCGUUUUGGAAUGUAGCGGGGAUAGGGAAUAAGGACAGGGAUUUUUGGCAGAGGAUAAAGGAGUGGGAGAUUGUGAUAUUAAUGGAAACGUGGGUGGAGGAGAAAUACUGGCGAAGGAUAAAGGAGAGGCUACCAAAGAAGUUUAAAUGGAAGAUACAGAUGGCGAAAAGGAGAAAUAGGAAGGGAAGAACAAGGGGGGAAUGUUAAUAGGGGUGAAGAAGGA